GUCUCGACCAUGGAGCGUAACGAGACGUUCUCUGAAGAAUACAUCAGCAGAAUUUCUCUCACUUCGAUCGAACUAGAAUACUUCAAAAAGAAGGAAGCUGCAAGGAGGACCAAUGUGUACGCUGACAUCUUGCGAGCAGCCAGAGACACGGACCACAAAUUUUCCAAGAACAGCCCGUUCUUACCACUCGCCUCUAGCACAUGGACGGAGGAAGUUGUCCAACGCGUCCAUAAUCAGCUAUGGAAGUUGGACAUCUUUAAUUACACUGUGCCAAUCAGUGUCGACGCGUAUGCAGCUCUUGCAGGACUCAGCGCAAAUGACAUUGAAAAUUGUCGCACUGCUGCUAGAAAUGACACAGUCUAUUUUCCUGUUGGCAGAAAUGGACUCGAUGCGGACUUCCGUCCACUAGAUAAGCUAGAAAGAGGGGAAUGCCCACGGAAGUCGCUCCUGUAUCAGAAAGGCAUCCCAAAGUCCCCAAAUGACCUUGUCGAGCUAAAAAAGCUAUGGAACGCAGGGAGGCCAUUCCUCAAAUGUCCCUGUACAGGGUGUGAAAAGAACUUCACAUGGUUCGAUCACGUACUCUGGUUCGUGAUCGGAAACCUGGAUAAACUUUAUUCACUGGCGCCGUCAGACAGGAUCAGGAUGCUAGAGUUCCAGGCCUUACUUCACACCACCAGGAAGAAAGCUAUCCUUGCGCAGAUCGUCUUCAUCUUCAUGAGGGAGUACAUGCUGAGGAUCGUACACCUCGUCAUCCAAAACAAGAGGAUUACGGCAGAGGAGCUCAUCGACUACGAAAACUUCAAGGAAUUACCUUUCGUCCUUGAGUUCACCACCGCACUGCUACCGAACUCUACAGGCAUCGUUACACCUCCCAUGCUCAAGGAAUUACCUUUCAUCCUCAA